CUCCAAAACCAAACCCUCAGUCCGCCGCCCCUUUUUUGAUUUUUUUAAUCUAGUGGUAGUAAUAAUUUAUUUGAAUUAUUUAGCUGUAUUUUAUAUUUACUAGAAGUAAUUUCUGUUGAUUUUACAGUGAAGAGAAAAGGAUGGAGCUUUUCACCGGCGGACGGGAAGCUUUCCCUCAACACGUGGCGCCUUUUCCUGAUUUAACGGCAAUGAUUGAAUCGACAGAGGACAUGAUGAUGGGUGAUCACCGGUCGAAUUUUCCGCCUCAGAAGCUGCGUCCUAUUAGGUACAACGGCAGGUCACCGGCGAGCUUACAGGCGGAGGAUCCCUUGGAGCUCGUUGAGGCAGUUGAACUCGUAGGUGAUGAUGUCUGCGCUGUAAAUGGAGAAUCCUUUGACUACUUGGUACCUCCCAUUAAAGCCGAAGUUGGCGACGUGAUGGGUACUGUCGGCUGCGGCGGCGGUGGGUUAGAGGAGCCGCCAAGCUCGGAGCAGAGAGAAGAGCCUUCAGGAAAAUCAUAUUCGGAUAGUUAUGGUAAUGAUUCGUCAGCAACCUUGAAUGAACCUUUAAAGAAAAAUAGGAAGCGGAAAAGAACAGAAAAAGAUGAAGUUUUCUUGGAAAAAUUAGUGAAGAAAAUUAUGGAUAAGCAAGAACAGAUGCACAGGCAAUUAUUAGAGAUGAUUGAGAAGAGGGAAAGAGAGAGAGUAAUUAGAGAGGAAGCAUGGAAAUGGCAGGAGAUGGAAAGGAUAAAACGGGACGAGGAGGCAAGAGCUCAAGAGAUGUCUCGUAGCAUAGCUCUCAUUUCCUUUAUCCAGAAUGCUUUGGGCCAUGAAAUUGAAAUACCGAUACUGUCAACAAUGUCACGCACGGAGGAAAAUGGAGGUAAAGACAUGAGUGAAGAUCACAGUCAAAAGGGCAUGAUUAAUCCAUUCGUUCCAACAAAUAAUAGAUGGCAAGAAGGGAUGAUGCAAGCCAACGGGGUUGAAAAUCAUGUCGAUAGAGAUGGAGGUUGUCAUAUGUGAUCCAAAUAAUAGGAGAUGGCCAGAUGCAGAAGUGCAAGCUCUGAUAAUGCUUCGAAGCACUUUGGAAGACAAAUUUCACGUCUCGGGCUCAAAGUGCUCCAUAUGGGAUGAGAUAUCCGUCGGGAUGUACAAUAUGGGUUACUGCCGAAGUGCAAAGAAGUGUAAAGAGAAAUGGGAAAAUAUCAAUAAAUACUUCAGAAAGUCGAUGGUAAGCAGCAAGAAGCAUAAAGAAAACAGAAAUAGAUGCGCAUAUUUUAAUGAUUUGCAUGUGCUGUACAAGAAUGGAUUCACUAGUCAAGUGAACCAUUUGAACUGUACCAAAGUUGAAAACGCGGACAAUGGUGAAAGCUUGAAAGGUAACAAAUGCUGAUAAAUUAAGAUGGGAUUCAACUAAUUUAAGGAUGAAUGUGACUGCAGGGAUCUUGAAA